AACUGGGAGAUGAAGUCCUCCAGGCUAUUGAUAUCUCUCAUCCGGCUCUGGAAAAACAUCAGCGGCUCGCCGAGUAAUAGACUAGACAGUUGGAAGCGCCAUACUAACCAAGAGAUUGGUGGUUGCGGAUGGCGGUUGACUGGCGAUAUCGGAUGGCGAUUGGGUGGUGGCGCUCUCCGUUCCCUCGGCGGCGCUUGGAGCGAUCUGCGAAGACGCCGGUACCGGGUUGGACGCCCUCACUCCCUCAUCUCCCUCAGCCGGACUCUCAUCGGAAUUAAUCGCAUCAACGACGUUAUCGAUCUUCCCCCCCAAAAUAUUUUUUGGGUGGGCUCCACAGCCUACCUACCUACCUACCUACCCAGACCUUAUGGAAUCGGCAUCAGUGCUGGUCACUUUUUUGAAAACUGA